ACAAAUCCAACAACAACAACAACAACUUCAAAAAUAUCAAAACAAAAAUGAACAUUCUUGACAAACAAUCACCAACACAAGCAUCAUCGAUAACAACAUCGACAAUAACAUCAACAACGACAGCAACAUUGGCUUCAACGGGGGCGGUGGCGCCGUCAUCUUCUACAUCUACAUCAACAACAUCGAAUACAAAUACAAAUAAUAAUAAUAUUGGUCAACAAUUAUCGAAUAAUAAUAAUAGCAAUAAUAAUAAUAAUAAUAAUUCUGGUAAUGGCCAGAAUUGUGCCCCUGGAAAUGGUGGCAAUAAUCACAAUAAUAAUGGUAAUAAUAACAAUGGUGGUGGAAAUGGAACAACACCAUUACAACCACCGCCGCCACCAUCUCUUCCAUCAUUAUCACAAUGUUCAUCAGCUACCGGUGGAAGUGGUAGCGUUGGACAGCCAUCAACACCAUUAACACCAUCUUCAUCAUCAUCAUCACAGGAUUGUCUUUUAUCGAACAAUCAGUUAAUAUCAUCAAUGUCUAUGACUAGUACUGGUGGUGGUCAACAAGGACCAUCAUCAGUGUCAUCUUCGUGCAGUGCGCCACAUACACCAUUAGAUAGUUUACAAGCAUCUAUCAAUAGUCAAUCUGAUCCAUCAUCAACAUCAACAUCAUCAAUAACGACAAAUAGUGGGCUACAACGGCCAACAAAUGUAUCGACGCCAUCAUCUGUAUCAUUCACCAAUAACAAUAAUACGAAUAGUGCACCAAGUACACCUGCAUCAAUGAUUCAAGGUGGUGGCUGUCCACCUUCGGUUGGUUCUCAGAAUAAUGAUAAUUUAUCGAUGACACCGAUGAUCGGUUCACCAUCGCUCAAUCAAUUAACACCAACUGGUGAAUAUACGCCAGUUUCUUCACAAUCACCAUUCGCCAAUAGCCAACAACAACCAAACCAAACAAACAGUGCCAAUACAUCCACAACAUCGACAUCAUCAACGCCAAAUUUAUUAUCAUCAUCACCAUUGAGUGUUCAUCAACCAUCAUCCAACGUAGAUAAUCAAAUAUGUAACAAUACCAAUAUUAAUAAUGGUAAAAACAAAACGAUAAAUAAUGGCAACAAUGGUGGUAAUAAUAAUCCAAACAAAAAACAUUGCAAUAAUCGAAAUAAUAAUAAUAAUGUUAACAAUAAUCCUAAUGUCCCGAAUAAUCUAAUGUCCAACAACAAUAAUGGCAUUGGUAUUAUGGGCAUGGGUGUUCCAUCGAAUAAUUUUGCAAUGAAUCAACCGCCGCCACCUAUGCAUCCACAGCAUCCAUCACAAAUGUCGAUGAAUCCAAAUAGUUGUAUGGGCGGUGGAAUGGCCUUAGGUCCCAACAACAAUAACAUGUCCGGUAUGAUGAUGGGUGAUAAUAAAAAUCAAAUGAAUCAUUUUUCAUCAAUGACGCCACCUCACAAUCCACUAUCAAACAACAAUCAAAUGCCUUGUGGUGGUAUGCCUAAUGGUAUGUCAUCAUCCUCAGGACCACCGCCACCACCCGGUAUGUUAAAUGGUAGUAUUUCACCAUUCGAUGUUGAUUGUGGGCCCAAAACAAUGUCACAAUUUCCUAAUGAAUUUAGUCCAAAUUUAUCUGAUGGUUGUGGACCACCGCCAUCGAUGCCAAACUCUUGUCCUCCUCCUCGAAUGUCAUUGUCUAAUUGUCAUUCUAUGGGUGGUGGCCCUCCACCCAUGAAUAUGCCACCAUCGAAUAUGAUGAAUGUUGGACCAAAUAAAAACAUGUGCAACAUGAAUCCCAAUAUGCUUCCAAACACAGGACCUCCAUCUCAUGCACCAAACAUGAAAACACCUCCUAUGGACAGUGGAAUCGGUAAUAUGGGAAGUGGCGGUGGUGGUGGAGGUGGCCAAUUUAUUCAACAACAAAAUCAGGUGUUUGUAUUCAAUACAAUGAUGGCCAACAAUGCUGCCGAUGCCGUCGAACAGGGACGUUUUCCCUCCAUCAUACACUUUCAUAUGAAUCAACCAAUAACUAAAAAAUUUAUGGAAAAAAAUUCAAUCAAACUACAAAGCUUAAAUCGUCAGCCGAAUAAUUCAUGGAUGGCGGGCAACAUACGACAGCCAAGAAUACGCGGACCGAAUGCAUCAACUAAUGGAAUGCCUCCAAUGCGAGGCAAUUUCGUUAGAACAACGAAUCCUCCUUGUUUCUCACCUUACAAUCAUAAUCCACCACCUGGACCAGGACCUGGAGGUGGUAAUGGAAGCGCUGGAUCGCCAGGACCUGGCCAAUGGAAUCCGAAUUGGCCUCCAUCCGGACCUCCACCACCCCCUAACAAUCAUCAUCAUCAUAUGUCUGGUAGCGGUAAUGUUCCUCAACCUUUUUCGAAUGAUAUGAAAAUGGGAUGUGGCGUCAAUCCAAUGAAUGCACCGCCGAUGCGACAAUGUGGACCAACACCAUCUCAACAGUACGAUAACAACAACUGUGGCAACAAUUUCAAUCCCCGAGGCUAUCCUAUGGGCUGCACUGAAGAUGAUAAUCUUACACCUCAACAAAAACAACAUCGUGAAAAUAAAUUGGCCAUAUUGGCAAAUAUACAACAAGAAUUCUUACAACGGGAAGCGAAUCAAAAUCCAAAUAAUCGUUUAGGACCGUCACCGCAAAACGCUCAACCACCCGGAUCAAAUACUGACCAUUUUGGGCCUGGCAUGAUGGAUCCAAUGAUGAGCUCAGGCAAUUCUAAUCAACAAUCGAUGAUGUAUCCACUUCAUCAUUCUCAUCCACCACCACCACCACCUCAUCAUCAUCAUCAUUCCGAUCCUCAAAUGUCAUUUAAACAAGAAAAUAUUGAUCCUCACAAUCAUCCAAUGAAUCCACAUGGUCAUCCACUUCCACCAGGAAUGAAUCCGUCCGAUAUGAAUUUCAAUCCGAAUUUCUGUCCAAAUCCAAUGAUGAACAAUAAUAAUAAUAAUGAUCCAUGGCUCAAAUCUGGUUCUGGUCCCAAUUUUCCACCAAUGAUUGAUGAUACAAAACCAUUUACAUCAACGACAACCGCAACUACAACGUCUAAUAGUCGACGGAAAGGAUCUCAACAACAACAAAAUGCUAAUCAUUUAUCUCCCAUAUCACAACAAGGUCCCAUAAAUAGCCCAAAUCAAUCUUGUAUCAAUCAAAGUCCAAGCAAUCGUGUGCCACCACCUCCAUACAAUCCCACUCUGCACAGAUCAAUGUCAAGUCCACAUCCAGGAUCUCCCGCCGCAAUGUCCUUACCGUCACCUCGAAUGACAUCCGAUUCAGGUAGACAGGCCAACUAUACGCCCGGAUCAGUUCGUUCAGGUCCAUCCACUCCUGUGGUUAUUGAUGGACCACCGUUAAUUAAUUCACCUAAAUCGAAUUCUCGGGCCAAUUCUUCGCCGGGUAAUAGUAAAAAGAAUAAGCAGCAGCAACAACAACAACAACAGCAAUCAAUGGAUAAUGAUCUUAUGUUUGGUGCAAAAUCUGAACAUCCACUAAUGCCCGUUCCCUCGCCUCAACAAAUCGAUUAUAUCAAUACAUUCGAAGGUCAAGAAUUGACUAUACAAAAACAGCCUAAUGCUCAUUUCCAAGAAACGAACGAUAUGAUGGUAGGUGGGGGUGGUGGCAAUGAUCUAUUGAAUAAUGAUCUAUUCGCCAAUGAUUUUAUUUGCGGUCCAAAUCAACAAUCAAAUAAUCCACCGCCACCAAUGUCGAUGAAUAAUCCACGAUUUCCUCCUGGACCAUGUAAUUUUGAUUCCAGAUAUCAAGAUAACAUGAGAUUUAAUGGGGGACCUAUGAUGGAUAACUAUAAUAGACCACCAUCACAUGGAAUGUGUGGUAAUCAAAGUGGUGGUCCUCAAUUCAAUCAAAAUGAUCCCAAUUCUAUUCGCUUUUCUAAUUGCGACAUGAAAUCAUCAAGAAUACCAGGCAGCAAUGGUCCCGAUAUGGGUACAUAUCCUCCAUCAUCGAAUUCAUUAUGCGAUAUAAAUUUUGCUAAUUCAAUACCACCCAUCAAUGAUGGCAUGAGUGGUUCAUUUUCGAACGGUGGCGGUCCGCCGGGUCCUGGUGGUUCCGGUUUCAAUGAUCCAUCGGUUGAUAAUUCAAUUAAUUCAUUACAAAGUCUGCAGAAAAUGGCACCCCCAUUUGAAAUGGUUGGACCGAAUUCAAAAUCUGGUCCAAUGACUGGCGGUGCAUCAGCAGGCAUGAUGGCUCAAUCAAAUCAAAUGAUGGGUCCAAAUCAAAAAGGAGGCAAUGGCCGAAUGCCAGCAAAUUAUGAUCAAUCUUUCGGACCGGAUCCAGGAAUCGGUCAAAUGCCACCUUGUAAUGAUAUGAACGAUUCUAAUAAUUAUGGUGGCCCACCACAUAUGGUUCAAUCAACUAAUAUGCCUCCAAUGAACUAUCCACCAAAUAAUUUCUCCCAAUCAACUAAUUCUUCGAUGCCUUCGAAUAUGAUACCUCCCAAUAGUGAUCCUCCUUAUGGUGGCAGUAUGCAUUCAGGCAGUGGAUCAUUCUCACCAAUGCCAAUGAAUACACCAACACAUUCAAUGAUCGAUCAAAGUUCAUCGAAUGGUCCUAGCCCUAUACCGUCGAUGAUGCAACCCGGUGGUCCUGGAUCUCAAGGUAAUUUUGGACCCCGAAUGCCACCAUCUUCUAACGUUAAUCGGCCAAUGAAUCCCUCGAAUAAUCAUGGUCAACGUUACAAUUCACCUAAUAUUCAAGUAAAACCUGAUGCACCAAAUACGAUACAAUAUUUGCCAUCAAGACCACAAGGUCCAACGACAACACCACCUAAUCGUCCUCCUAAUUUAGAUUUUUUGCAACAAUCAUUAAAUAUGGGUAGUAAUAAAUCAUCUGGUCCACCUCCGCCAUCAAAUCCAUAUUAUCCACCUAAUAGUGCUGGUUCGAUGACACCAAACCGCCCGAACAUGAAUUUCGGUGGACCACAUGGUCCUGGUGGGCCAUCGAUGAUGAGACCACAGAACAUGAACACGGCAGCUGGACCGCCUGUUUCAGGACCACCUCAACCAGGUAACAUGUGUGCCGGCAAUGAUAUGAUGUUCAAUCGUCAACCUGGCUCGGCUAAUCAUCAAAUGACAAAUGGUCCUAGUCGAAUGCCACCGCCACCACCAAAUUCUAAUUUUGGACCAAAUGGACCACCAUUACCACCUGUAAAUGGUCCUAUUCCACCAACAGGGCAAAAACCGAGUGGUAAUAAUGGACCAGUACUACAUCCAGAUUCAUUUGAUAAAUUUGAUAAUGAUUCAGCCUAUGCACAACAAUAUCAUAAUUUUCAACAACAGUUAUAUGCAACGAAUACACGUAAUUCGGCAAAUAAUCCACGAAUGUCUUCGAAUUUUUAAAAUUUUUGUACAUACGAUAGACAUGAAUCAAUUUGUACUAAUCUGAAUAUUGAUCAAAAAAUCCAACGACAAUAAUGAAAAUUAUUUAAUUUUUUUU